GUCACAGAGCUUUCUGCUCGCUGUCUCUUCCCCUGCAUUGCCGCGGCAGAGAAACCAACAACCCCUCUCUCAUGGCCAGGCCUCAGAAGCGGUACCGCGGCGUCCGGCAGAGGCACUGGGGUUCCUGGGUCUCCGAAAUCCGCCACCCUCUCCUGAAGACGAGGAUAUGGCUCGGCACGUUCGAGACGGCAGAGGACGCUGCCAGGGCCUACGAUGAAGCAGCAAGGCUGAUGUGCGGGGCGAGGGCGAGGACCAACUUUUCUUACGGUCCCAAUGGCUCCUUGCCAUCGAAUUGUCGGUACCUGUCGGCAGCUCUCACCGCGAAGCUGCACCGCUUCAACUUGCUGUCGCUUCAAGCCACGCAGCCUGUCGUCAAGGACGCACCGGGAAAGCCAGCUCUGCUGGUUAAUGGUGCUGCAGCUGAUAACAUGAGCUCGGUGUUUGUCGAUGAUAUGACGAAGGCGAGGACCGAGUUUGCAGGAGGGAAGAAGGAAGAGACCAACUGGGUCGUGAAGGAGAACGGCCAUGGGGAGGUGGAAUUCAGUUAUUUAGAGGAACGUCACAUAGAACAGAUGAUUGAAGAGCUGCUGGACUCUAACCUAUCUAUGGAGCUCUGCUCUCUGUAGUCAGUUCUGCUGCUUCCUGUUGUUUCCUUCUCCUACUGAGGUUUACACCAUUCCGACUUCCCAAAUCCCCUUCUGAGCAUUAGAUUAGCUGAUCUAACAUGUACAUGUGCAAUAUAUUUACAUAAUAUAUGUGCUCGUUCCAUAUAA